UGUAAUAACAACAAAUACGGACACAGGAUUCCUAUCUCCAGUUGGAAUGAGGACCGAGCGUUUUGCUGUUGGGACUUUCAUCAGUCUGAUUCUCCAAGUGGGCAUGACGCACCAGAGGACGAAUGGUGAAUAUUGCCAUGGUUGGAAGGACGCGCAAUCUACCUGGCGAGAGGGUUUCCACUGUCCCGAGCGCAACGAUCAAAGAGAAGCGGUGAUCUGCUGCGGAGCUUGUGGGCUGCGCUACUGUUGCGCACUCAUGGGAGCAAGACUGGAUCAGGGAAACUGCAACAACCACGAGCAAGUUCAACAGCCUGGCACUUCUGAUGACAAGAAAGUUGCCAAGAGCGCAGUACCUGUCUAUGUUCCCUUUGUGAUUGUGGGCUCUUUGUUUCUGGCCUUUAUCUUUCUGGGCUCCAUGGUGGCCAUGGGUGUCUGUCUGAGUCGUAAACAGGAGAUCUCCCAAAGCCCAGAAGGUGCUGCUGGGCCCCAAGGUGGGAGUGGAAAGCAGCAGCAGGAGGCUGUACCCAUGACUGUGACUACAGGGAUGUCCUGUGGUUCCUCUGCAUCUCUCUACCCUCCCAAUGCCAGCCAAGCCUGUCCAACUGGACCCUCAUGUGUCCACCAAACCUUACAGAGGCAGGAAACUCCCACCAGUCUACAACCCUCCAUGGCUCAACCUUCUACCAUGCACCCCUCCAUGGUGUUUUCCACCCUGGUUCACCCCUCCAUGCUUCACCAUUCCAUAAUGCAUCCUUAUAUGGCUCAAAUGCCUACUCUGUAUACCUCACAAGAGGGAAGCCGUCUUCUACCAUCUCCCUGCCCCCCAUCUGGCUAUACCAGUACUAAACCCAGACACACUGAAGUGAUCAUAUAAUUCGUGGCUUUGACAUUUACAGACUCCAGUGCGGAGUAUUUGGGUAUUCAAAUAUGAAAAUAUUAAUAAGCCUAGAAAAUGGAAAGUAAUAAAUUGCUGACCUAUUUCGGGUGUUUUGUCCAUAAUAGAGUUAUAUUAUUGUUAAGUAUUUCUGAUGCAGCUGCUAAACUCUGUACAUAACCCCAUCACGUGAUAUCAUGACUC